UGAUUGAUAUGUAUAAUAAUUAAUUCAUCGCGUCGCGUCUUUACUCUACUCUUACAAUACAAUAUAUGGCAUUGGAUAUUAUUUACGCUCAUAUUAUACUCUACGACUAAUGAGCUAAUAUCUAUUUUUUAAUGAACUUUAGCUGUUUUCCCACGGACAACACCUGCAUCAAAAUGACACAAUGUCUGGGUCGAAUCAAGACCGGACCAAGCGCGUUGAUCUGAGCAUCAAUCGCUUGAUUUCCCAGUUGAUACCAGACGAUCCACGCUUGAAUGAUGAAGACGCACAGCAGAGACAUGAUUUGUUCUUUGAUGAAAUCAAACAACAACUAAAUCAACCCCGACCACCUCCCUUAGCCGAUCAAAAUCAUGCCUCCGAACUCAUCAGGCGAAAUUUGGUUCAGACGAACCCGAGUCAAGCCCUGCGCUACUCAAACCUUUAUUCGAGAUUAUUGGCGCUGCCUGUGCUGAACCAAAAAUGGGCCAUGUUAUACCUUCUCUAUCAACUAGCCGAUUCACCAGACCCGGCCGAGCCUGACCCCGUUGCAUUUGCCGAAUUCCAGCAGGAGCAAAAGCGAAGGAAGCAGGAGGAGAGAGAAGAGUUUAGCUCGAGCGGUCCUUCCAACCAAGAGAGUAAUGGACAGCACAGACGAAAUAAAAACUCUGAAGACUACCGUCCUACCGAACUCCGAGAUGUCCUCAAGAACCCGAAAGAUAUGAAAUCCGUCGACGGAGAUUCGCAACGGCCUUCUACCGCUAGUGGCCAUAGGCGUAAUAGGGAUUCUAAGAAUGAAAUUCCAACCACACCUAAAAGGGACGUCUCUAUCAAGUCCAAGCUUCUAGCAAAUAAUUACAAUGAGAUCGAACCCUCCGAACCUGCUAUCCUUCGCGAUCUUCCCUAUACCCUCCAAGGACUUGCUUCAACUACUCUUCCGUUCGGCAAAGAAUACUCUAUUAAACUACCUUCUACCCUUCCUCCACCUAUAAUUGGCCUCCUUCACACACUUGCCGAACCUUCGCUGCUUUAUCGUACCCUCGAGGAAUUUGUUAAAACCCCAGCUGGAGGACUUCUUGGUCAAAGUCUCCGAGCAGCCCUAGGCGACGAAUUGCGUUCGUAUUUAACAUUAGUUGCAACGGUAGAAGGUCAAGUUCGACAUGCGUUAACCACGAUAGACGAAAGCGCUCCGCGAUAUGGUAUAGGAAAGGCGGGCGUGACGUUAAAACGUUCCGUAGUCUGGGUACGUGAACCCACGAUGGGCUUACGACUUAUGAGUAUAAUCGCCGAAGAAUCCAAGAGUAAACAAGGUGGUCAAAUCAUAUCCUUAAUUCAUUCGUUUUCUUCGUCGUACGGCGACCCAGUAGUAGGCGUGUUCGCUGAACGUCUUCUAAGCCCUGUUACCAGCCCGUUCUAUGGCAUAUUAAGAAGAUGGAUAUACGAUGGAGAGCUCUCAGAUCCCUACCUCGAAUUCUUCGUGCAGGAACAAUCAGUAGAGGCUAUGCCCAAGGGCAAAUCGGGGUCUAUCAAUGUGUGGGAGGAUAAGUACAUAUUGGCGGUAGACAUGAUACCCUCUAUUAUCACUCAGGAGUUCGCCGAAAAAGUAUUCCUAAUCGGCAAAUCUCUCAAUUUCAUCCGCCACAGUUGCGGCGAUGCUCAGUGGGUCGAAUCGUACUCAAAGGAGUCCUCCAAGGAGCUCCGCUACGGCGACACCGCCACUCUCGAAGCUUGGAUCGACGAGGCGUACAAGACCACCAUGCGCAGGUUACUGCAUCUGAUGACUAACAAGUUUAAUCUCUUCGAGCACCUGCAGGCGCUAAAGAGCUACAUCCUCCUUGGGCAAGGCGAUUUCAUCGCACUAUUGAUGGAGUCCCUCGCGGCAAAUCUUGACCGCCCCGCUGGAGCACAAUAUCGGCAUACCCUAACGGCGCAGCUUGAGCACGCCAUCCGUGGGUCCAACGCGCAGUACGAUUCCCCUGAAGUCCUACGCCGCUUAGACGCGCGCAUGCUGCAGCUCUCGCACGGUGAUAUCGGGUGGGACUGUUUCACGCUCGAGUACAAGAUCGACGCCCCCGUAGACGUCGUCGUCUCCGAUUGGGGCAAUCGACAAUACCUUAAAGUCUUCAAUUUCCUGUGGCGCAUUAAACGCGUCGAGUUCGCCCUAUCAUCUGCUUGGCGCAAGGUGACUACGGGUUCCCGUGGCGUCCUGCAGACGAAUCAUCCCGCUGUCCGGCAGGCCUGGAAGACGACCCGUGGUUUUCUAGCAGAAAUGGUCCACUUCGUCGGUCAGCUCCAGUACUACAUACUUUUCGAAGUCAUCGAGAGCUCAUGGACCGAGCUCCAGCAGAAGUUAAGCAGGGAAGACGCCACACUGGAUGAUGUUAUCACGGCACACACCAACUACCUAAACUCCAUAACGCACAAGGGUCUCCUAGGUGCUCGACGUCGCCGCUUCGUCGGUAACUCAGGCGCCGCCUCCACUGCCUCCGGCUCUACCGCGACUGCCGGUGCCGCAGAAGAAGACGACAACAGCUACAUGAUCCAACUCGCCGAACUCCUCCGCACCAUGCUUUCAUACCGCGACUGCGUCGACGGAUUAUACUCCUGGUCCGUAUCCGAUUUCACCGCAAGACAAGAAGCUGAUCUAAGACACAUCGAACCUCCCUCCGCCGACGAACACGAUAUCCCGGGCGGUCCGCAUAGCGAGUUCCCAGCGUUACAAGAGCGAUUGCAUCAUCUAGGCGAACGCUUCCGGAAUAAACUCCAGAUACUACUAGGUGAUUUGGCGUAUCAAGCUGAUGUAGAUCUGAGAUUUCUUGGCGUUGCCAUGAAUUUCAAUGAUGUGUACCAACCCGUGCGCCGCAAGUUAAAGGGUACGCCGGCUCCCUCAUCCACGGCUGCGUCGUCGAAGGGAGGGGCUGGGGAUGCGGGGAGUGCGGAGGAGAUUAGUACGAAGUCUAGUAAAGCGAGUAAAGGAUGAAAGUAUUAAGUCUAGUUGGUAUGAUGAUGGAUAUUAAAUAGGAACGGUGAUAACGGCGCGUGAGGUCAGAAACGCUGAAUUACAUGACGGCUUUUCACGAUCACUUCAUGUCCGUAUACUAGGGUUGAAGCCGAUCACGGAGAGGAAAGAUGAUACGCGAGAUGUAUAUACCCAAGAGAGUCAGGUAUUGUUGAGUUAUAUACGAUAUCACGAUAAUCCGAAGACCAGUCUCUAGAUCAAUGACGGGGAGUUGCGAAACCCUCGGGGAAGAGUUGUGCGCAGGUUACCUAUGAUAUUCAUAUUUCGAAGACGGGAUGGUGGAUUAGCCAACCGACUGCAGUCGAGAUACUAUAUAGUCCAAGAAACGCCAAAAUGUAGGCUGGUUAGCCCAUCAAAUGGAAAAAUUAAAGUCACUAUUCCAAUAAGAAUACUCAUUUUCACUCUUGA